AUGUUCCUCUUGGUCAAGUUGAGCCUCUUCUUCCCAGCAGUUCUUUCUUUGAAGUUCACAUCCUACGCGAACGACUUCAUCGAUCCGAGCAUCGUCACGCAGCAACCUCACAACUCGACGCGCACCUUAGCUCAGCGUACGAUCGUGAAAUGGGCGAGUGAGCUCGCGGCCCAAGGCCCGUGGUCUGUUGUGAACAAGCCGAUUACCCCACCAUCUGGAGACAAACGUGAUUAUCUGAGCUGGGAACCACACUGGUGGCCCGACUGUAGCGGCGUCGGCAACAUGACGGUGUUAUUGGACGAGCAAAUCUGGUCAACCUGCCCGUAUUAUCAACGCGACGACGCUUUGAACCCAGACGUGUCCAUGGUGAAUAAUUCGGGCGACUUCGAUGCCAUGUCUAAUGCGGUGCUGUACAAUGCCAUGGCGUGGAUUCUCAAUGGCUCGGACUCUUACGCAGCCAACGCGGCGCGCUUCGUACAAACAUGGUUCCUCGAUUCCGACACGGCCAUGAAUCCGAAUGCCAACUUCUCCCAUAUGCGACGUGGGCCUAAUGGAAGUCCUGGUAUUCACACGGGAGUUUUGGACAUGAAGGGGAUUGUCAAGGUCAUCAAUGGAAUCUUGAUUCUUCAAAACGGACAUAGUGAUGCGUGGACAGCCGACCUCCAAAUGCAGAUGGCAAAUUGGACGGGACAGUACGUUCAAUGGCUUCAGAUGAACCCGUUAGGGAUUCAGGAGUCUCGUGCACAAGACCAUCACGGGACGUUCUAUUACAAUCAAUUGGCAGCACUUAAACUCUUUCUUGGAGAUGUUUCGGGCGCACAAAACGCGACGCAGACGUACUUCAGCACACUGUUCAUGGAUCAGAUUGAUGGCAGCGGCGAACAGGCGCGUGCGAUUCGACCCAAUGAAGUGGGCGGCAAGGACUCAGCCGACUACAGAGCGUUUCACCUGGCAGCUAUCAUUACUAAUGCUCGUAUUGCACAAUCCGCAGGGUUUUCUGCGUGGAAUCUGACAACCACGAGAGGUGGCACAAUCAAGCAAGCACUCGACUACGCCAUGACUAUCCAACCUGCGCCCUCGGUUCCUGUUGAACUGUACCCCAACAUCGGAGCCAUUGCGGCCAUUUACGGUGAUCCAGAAGGAAAGUACGUGGCGUUCCUGAAGACGGUGUAUAUGUCAUUUGCCAUCGAGCCGUGGUUCUACUGGAACCAGCCACUUGGGGACGGUGGAUACGUUGAGGGGCAAUUGGUUGCGGAGAGUGGGUCUCCUAGUGGUCCUCAGCCCGAAUCGUCGACGAGCGCAGCCAUUGCUAUACCCAUCGAGACUAUCAUCAAUUGGAGCAUGACUCAGAUUGUUUGGGGGACCGCAAUGCUUUCCGUGCUGAUAUGA